CAAUAAAUAAUAAAUUACAAUAGUGCAUGUGUUCUCAAGUUUAGUUUUACUUUUAGGGGUGUUUCUGUACUUAUAAUUUGUUAUUGUAUUACGUACAAACUUUAUUUUACUUGGAAACUAAAAAAUCAUUCAACAUGCCUGAUGCUGAUACCAAAGCAGUUCUGAGUUCUAUUUAUACGUCCGAAAAGAAUGGCAGCGACGAGAAUGGAGACGGAACUGAAUCCAAACCAUUCAAAACAAUACUUCAGGCUAUGAGAAGUGCAGGUAAAGAGCCAUUCCCUGAAAUAUAUCAAGAUGCAAAAGAAGAGAAUAAAAAAUAUGAAUUGGCUGCUAAAUCGCAAUUAAAAAAGGUUCAAAAAAUUUGGGUGAGAGAGCAAUACAAAAGUGAAGAUAAGCAAAAAAAAUUGCAAGAAGAUGAGGAAAAAAGAAUAAAAAAUUUAGAGGAGGCCAAGUCUAUUGUGAUUAAAGAAGAUAAAUCUUUACCUGAAGCUAUACUUGUCAAAAUCAAUCGGGCACAAAAGCACAUUGAGCAAAGGGUUAAAAUUUUUGGCUGGGUCCAUAGAUUGAGGCGUCAAGGGAAAGCAUUAAUGUUUAUUACUUUGAGAGAUGGAUCGGGAUUUUUACAAUGCAUAUUAAAUGACAAAUUGUGUCAAACAUAUGAUGCUCUUGUGCUCAACACUGAAGCUUCUGUUCAAUUAUUUGGUACACUGAAACCUGUUCCAGAAGGAAAAACGGCUCCUGGUGGACUCGAAUUACAUGUUGACUAUUGGAAACUUAUAGGAAACUCUCCACCUGGAGGUGCUGAUGCAAUUUUAAAUGAAGAAGCUCAACCUGAUAUCCAGCUAGAUAACAGGCAUAUAAUGAUUAGAGGAGAAAAUACUUCCAGAAUCUUAAUUAUGAGAUCGGUAUUAACUCAAGCAUUUAGAGAUCACUACAAAGACAGGGGGUACUGUGAAGUAACUCCUCCCACUCUUGUACAAACCCAAGUUGAAGGAGGAUCAACUUUGUUUAAACUCGAUUACUUUGGUGAGGAAGCUUACUUAACUCAAAGUUCUCAACUUUAUCUUGAAACGUGCAUUCCUGCAAUGGGUGAUGUUUACUGCAUUGCUCAAUCUUACAGAGCAGAACAAUCGAGGACUCGAAGACAUCUUGCCGA